AUGGGAUCUCAUCUAAGUGACCGCGUCGUCUGGAUCUGUCUGGGCGUCUCGCUGUUCUUCGCCGUUCGCGGGAUUGUUACGGACCUCCGCCGAGUGGGCGAGUUGACGGAGAUCAAGCAUGUUGAGAAGGAGGACAAGAUGAUCAGUGAGGGGACGGAGGAUGCCUUGAAUUUAGACACCCUGCUGAAGCUCUCCGAUAGCACCAACUAUGAUCUCCGAGCAGCUGCAUUGCGUAUCAUUGCCGAACGAUCUACCAAGGGCGAAACCCGAGACUUGCUUUUGCGGGAUCUUGCAAGCAAAAAUAAACAACGGCGGGGCAAGGCACUCAGUGCCAUGUACUUCCUGGUCUCCAACCGAGCUCUCUCACGAACGUCCGUCUGCGUCCGACUGAAAGAUCAUCCCACCUACAACGCCCUCGUCGACUGUCUGUGCAACUUCCUCGACGAACAUGUCGAAGAGACGAUCACCACAAUCUCCCCCAUCCUGCCCAAGACAAGGCCCUUGGGUGAGAAGAAGGCGCUGAGUGUACUGAACAUCAUUCUCCAAGAAAAUGUCCCGGGUGCCUUGGAAGCGGGCAUUGUGAGCCGCUGGCUGGUCAAGUACCCGUUUCCUUCCGCUCUUGCCGAGCCUUCCCGACGGCAGGAUGUGGUGCUCCUGAUGAAAACAUGGUGGUCAGACGAUACUAUCAUGAGUGCGAUCUUUGGCACCUUGUCCUCUCACCCCGACGGUGCCAAGCAACUGCGCAAAUACGGGCUGAUGGGGAGCAUGCUAGAGGAGAACGACCACGAUGACUAUGACAGCGACGUGUGGAUGGUGGAUGGAGAAGACACUGCGGGGUCCAGGCAGGUGCCGGGGAGACGCCUCCGCACCGCCGAAGAACAGGCUGUCCGGCGGCGCAGGCGGGAAGCGAUGGUACUGAGCGACGGGGGACGCCCACUGGGGAACGAUGAUAUUAUCCAAUUACCUGUUUCCGGAUGAUUGGCGGCGGCUACGGAAUCAGGAGACAGGUUCACGAUGGUUGUGGCAAUUACUGCUUUGCAUAUUCUUAUGAUACCCUUGGUUUGCGUAUGAGAUCGCUGCACGAUGGCUUGUGCUUAAUAUACAAUACAAAUCACAGCCCCAUCCAUGCGCUUUUAGCGACAUGGUCGGCCUUUUUCCGGCUGCUUUUCACCAUACCCAGAGCCUGGAGUUCCGACAUGGCGCGGUAAAAUAGGGCCAUGGUGGUCCGUUCGUCGCAAAAAUCCCCUUGCUCGCUUUCAAACACGGCAUAAAACGCCUGCCAGAGGUCGUAGACGUUCACAAGUGACCCGGACUC